AUGAGCUUCGUCGGCACGCCCAACUGCUAUGUCUGCAACAAGAAGGUCUACCCUGUGGAGCGAAUGGACGCCGACAAGAAGACCUUCCACAAGGGUUGCCUCCGCUGUGCGCACUGCAACUGUGCAUUGAAGCUGGGCAACUACGCUGCGCUGCAGGGCAACUACUACUGCAAGCCGCACUUCAAGCAACUCUUCAAGCUCAAGGGCAACUAUGACAGCGGCUUCGGUCGUGAGCCGGCCAAGAUGAAGUGGGACGCCAAGGGAGCGCCCUACGGCGUGGGCUCCGAGGAGUCCGAUGAACCCUCCUCCACCUCGGCCCGGAGCGAGGACUCAGCCCCUGAAACGAAGCCGCUAUGGGGUGAGCCUGGUGACGAGGCCCAGGAGAAGCCGGCGAUGCGGUCCAAGUCCUUCCGCGUCAUCAGGCGCGACGCGCCCAAGAAGGAGCAGCCGACCGCCCACAGCGAUGUGGGCGUCGACGAGACCGGCGGCGGCGAUGGCGAGAGAGCGUUCCCGCUGCCGUCGGCCCUCCGCAAGUCGGCCAAGCUGCCCUCACCGCCUCAGCAACAGUCGCCGCCCAAGCAGCCGCAGCCGCAGCCGCAGACCACGCCGGUCUCGCCGCAGAAGCCGACCGAGGCCGCCGCGACGGCGUCGAGCCAGGGCGACAGCGCGGCGGUCGAGGCGGAGCGGUGCAAGGUGGCGGAUGAGAGGCGCAAGCUCGACGAAGAACGGCGCAAGGUGGACGACGAGCGGAAGAAGGUGGAAGACGACCGACGGGCGCUCGAGGCCGAGAAGGCUAAGGUGGAAGAGGUCAAGCGACGCAUCUGGGAGGAAAAGAACAAGGUCGCCGCCCAGUUCAAGCAGGAGCGCGAGGCCAUCACGAAGGAGCGCGAGGAGCUCGAUACCGCGCGCGCCCAGUGGGAGGAGGCCAAGCGCGCGGCCGCGCAGGCGCCCGUGGCCAAGACCGACACGGCGACACCGCCGCCGCAGAAGGUAGAGGCCGAGCUGCAGGCCAAGUGGGCCGAGCUGGAGGAGCGCACGCGGGAGGAGAAGGACAGCGUUCAGCGCGACAGGCAGAAGCUGGCCGAGGAGAGGAAGGUGUUGGAGGAGGGUGUGCGCAAGCUCUACAACCAACUCGACGCCAAGAUCAAGCAGCUCGAUGACACCAUUGCCGGCCUCCAGCAAUUCUAG